UGACAGCUUUGUUUAUGUUGCACACACACAUACUCGAAUAAAUCUUGACGGGGCAGCAGCCAGAAGUCAAGAGUGAAUGAGUUUUUCGUCCCUUUUGCCUUGAUUUGUGUGGAUGGUGGUCCUCCUUCUUUUCCGCCUCGUCGUCCUUCUUUUUUUGGGUGGAAAAAGGAAACGCGAAUUAGUGUGUUUUCGGUGUGUUAUCGUGCAAAGUUGUUCAUCCACCAAGGAAGGGAAAAUUUAUCGACGACGACCUGCGAUGAUGGCGUGCAGCAGUGGGUCCUUCUUCCUCCAGGACAAUCGUGGCCAACGCUGGUGGUGCUGUCGCCGUCGCUGCUGAAGGAAAAACACAUUUGCAUAUGACCUGAUUCGACGUCGUCGUCGGAGCAGCAGCAGCAGCAACUUAGUAGUAGGUUCACAAAGGUGUGUAGAAUAGUUUGGCCACAGUGAGUCAGCAGCAGCAGCAGUGCCGAACGAGAGAUGAUCCCUUGGAUGCGGGAAAAGAUUGCCGAGCGGAAGGCGCGCUGGCAGCAGAACCGGAAGCAGCGCGAUUCUGCCGCAUCCGGUGGGUCGGCCUCGACCGUGACAGAUGGUGGCGGUGGCGAACCGUCGUCUUCCCACAGUGGUAGCACCUCGUCCGUAGCAACGGCGGCCUCCUCGUCGGCACCGUCACCCAGCUCGAGCAGCUUCCGGGGAAACUCGCCGCGAAACUUCCGCUUUUCGACGAAACAUCAACGACACCACAACCACCACCACCAUCAUCAUCAUUCGCAGCAGCAGCAGGCCACGACAUCCGGGGAUCGAUCACGACCCACGAGCAGUGCCAGUGCCGGAAGCGCGUGCCGGUCCGGCGGCAGUGGUCACAUUUGCGGACUGGUGGCUUCGACGUCUUCCAGCGCCAAGAAUUCAACGACGACGGUGGUGCCGCUGCGUAUCAUCAGCCCUCGGGGUGGCAUCGUCGGCGUUGAGGUUCCGCCGGAUUGCAGCGGGGCCCAGCUGAAGACGUACGCGCUGGACCAGUUUGCCAGCUGUUCGUUUUCGUUGCCGCACUUUUCGUCCGACGUGGACGAGCUGAUAAGCCGGUACAAGCUGAUACGGGCCCGCAAUCGGACGGUCGUCCAGGACGGGGACACGCUGGAGAAGUUGGCGGUGCGGGUUGAUGAGGAGUUUCUUCUGGUGGUUAAGCGCACCGAUUUUAUUCCGCCGGAUGAAAAUUUGAAGGGACCGAGCACGUCCGAGGUGCUGGCCGCAACCAAGCACGUUCCUCUGUCCCGGGUCAACCAAGCCACGGCCAACUUUAACGUGGGAAUGCUCCAGACUGAUCUGCAGCAAGAUCUCCGGCGCAUACUGAUUUCGCUGGCCCGGGCAUCCGCGUUCGUGAUAGGUUCCGGACGAUGUGCGGAGAAGCUGAUCGUGCUGUUCAACCAGCGGCUGAUAAAUCGGCGCAAGCACCAGGUGCGGUCGAUUGAAACGCUGCUCGAGAUGGGAUUCUCGCUGGACAAGAUUCAUCAGGCGUUGGAAAUUACCAAAAAUAUCUUCCCCGCGGCCCUGGACUGGCUGAUACAGCACGAUAGCUCGGUGAAGCUGCUCAACUGUGAUACGAAAGGAAGUGGUGCUGCUCCUCAAAUUUGCACCGGAAUUGCAGCAACGGACGCCAGCGGCACCAACGACGACGUGCCCUCAACGAGUACCGUGCCGCUGCCUCCGCUGGCCGUCGCGGAAACGGACAUCGAAGAACCUCCAAGUACCUCACAACCCGCGAGUCCGAGUCCGCACGAAGACGAGUCGACAUCGCCAACCCCCGCAGUUCAGCAGGAGGAAGAAGACGAAGCGGCCAAGUUUCAGCGAAAGCUGGACAACGUCGAAACGCUGCUGGACAUCAUCCGGCAGUACUCGGAUCGGGACGUGUUUCCGGCGCCGGACAUGGUGGCCACGAUCGUCGAGAUGGGUUUCGAGGAGAAGAGCGUGCGGGAAGCGCUCGUUGCCACGCGGAACAAUCAGUCCGCAGCGUGCGAAUGGCUGCUCGGCAAUCGGAGCAAAAGUUUGACCGAACUCGCGGACGGGCUGCCGCAGGACUCCCCAAUUCUUCAGGUUCUACUCGCCUCAUCCCAAGUACAAAUUAGCUUAGGCAAUCCAAAGAUGUUUAUCGCGCUUCUCUCGAUGCUAGACAACUCGUCCACGAUGACGAUGUGGCUCAGCGAUACCGACACGGCAGCGGUUCUCGGCCACAUUCUGCGGACGUACCACGAGGAGAAACACAUUGUGGCAAUCAAUCAGUUCAACAACGCACAAAGCUUUAACCGAAACUAAAACACUCUAAACACUACAAAAAAAAGAUAGUAGGAAUUACGGAUCAAUUAUAUUGAAGGAAAAACCCCAGAGUUAGGAAGAGAUGAGUAGACUUUUAUAGUGUGACGUUGUGUGGUAAUCGCACGGCACCAGAAGAGGAGCUAAAUCAAAACGGUGUUGAUUCAAUACUUUCUGUAUAGUUAUUGUAGAAUUGUUCCGCAUUCUUUGCUACACAUAUCCGCUCCGAUUUCUUAGGCCGAGAAUCUCUUUGCGCUGCUUAGCAUUUGCUCAUCCGUAUACUUCUUCUCUUCGUAGGAACUUUUCUCAGACCUUCCAUAUCGUCGUAAACAGCAGCAAUAGUAGUGCUCUCUUAUUAUCUAGUGAUUAGCCAGGAUCAAUCAAUCGAUCGUCGCGACGCGACUGUUGAAUGAAAAGUUGUGUGCUUUUCAGUCUAAUUUUUGCUUUCCAGGGUGGUCACUCAAAUCGAAAAGGGGCCGAAAUAAUGAUCGACUAAAACAUACAUAUUUUCUUCUUUCUUUUUUCAAUAGUUACCAUUUUCCAAUAUUUCUAAUAUAAUUGUUCAGUAAACAUCAAACAACUUCCUGUAAGUUUGCACCAAAGACAUUGAUAAUUCGAACAUUUUUUGCAGAGAAUUAAUCUCUGAUAGACAAAAAAUACUCAAUCCACGUUUAGGUGGUUGGUCCUUUCAUCAAAUUCAUUUAGUGCAUCUCCAAACAAACCUCGAAGCAAAUCAAAUUUGCACCCGACAUCAACCCUACCGCAUAAAUAAUUUCAAGAUUGUUCAGGUGUAAACAGAAAACGCGAUCAAAAAUUAAUGUGGUAGAAUGAGGCUUUCAACUGCUUAUUUAAUUGUCGGUGUACAGGACGCCGUACUGUUUAAUCAUUUUGUGGCGUACAUUCAAUUUUGCAGUCCAACACCAGUCAUUGAAUUGGAAACAUAAAAUUCUUUUUCAAAUUUUCUUUUCUUGAUUCGUGUGCACCUACGUCGAAGACCAAGAUUGUUUACUUUUUGCUCUUUGGCCUGACAGUCUUGGUCUGACAGCUUUAUCAUGAAUUUCGGUCUGGUCUAGGCGAGAGAUAGGACACAGCGCGGUCGGUACCUGUUGCGGUAGCAAAUUAGCUCUAAGUUCUUGGGGAUUUCACUUUGCUACCCGGUAUUCAGCCUGUUUGCUACCGCAUCAAAUGGAAUUAUGCACGGAAAAAUUGAAUCAAGCACGGAAAAAAUAAAAAUCAGAAAAAAA